AUGUCUGCUGGCGAGGGAGAGUACCGGCAUGUGCUUGUGGCGUACGACCGGAGCAGCCAUGCCCAUGAGGCACUGGUGUACUAUGUGAAGACUUUGUUCAACGAGGCGUCGGAUCGGAUUUCACUGGUGACAGUGGCCAAGAAGGAUUCGGAUGAAGAGGCGGCACGUAUGGCACUGGCGCAGGGGCGGGCGACGUUGGUGGAGCUGGGCGUGGGCGAGGAGAGUAUCGAGGACGAUGUGCUGGCGACUGGGGCGGUGGCGGAGGCUGUGGUCGAGGCUGCCGAGGCAAGGGCCUGCGAUCUGCUGGUGGUUGGCGCGCGCGGGCGCGGCAAGGUCGCGCGGUUCUUCCUCGGCUCUGUCUCGACGUAUGUGGUGUAUCACGCGAGCGCGCCUGUGCUUGUAGUCAAGUCUGGUGUGGUGGCACGCCUCCGUGAGGAGCAUCCCGAGUGGGGGCCCAAGGUGGCGGAGAGCACCUCGAUCCUUUGUUGUCUGGAUGGGUCGGCUGCGGCGGAUGCGGCAUUCAAUGCAGCGCUGGUGGCUGCGCGCGGGCGCGAGGUCAUUCUCUUUACGGUUGUCGAGCCGAUGCGCGAGGUGCCCGGCGACUCGGGCGAGGAGGGCAGCAGCGAGGUCCGCGAAGUCCUCCUCUCCAUCCACCAGCGCAAGCUCGAUGCCGCCGAGGCGCUGCUGAAGCAGUACGAGGAACGCGCGCGUGACAUCACCGACUCGGUCAAGGCGUACGUUGCCGUCGGUGAUGCGCGUGACAUGGUCACACGCACUGUCGACGCUGCCGCUACCGACAUCAUCACCCUCGGCGCCUCGGGCAAGACCGGUGAGAACGUGCCGCUCACCAUCGGCUCAGUCGCCACCCACGUUCUACAUGCCGUCAACGUCUCGGCUGUCCUCAUCUGCCAGCCGACGCGACAGGAGUAA